CGUGGCGGGCGGCGGACGUUAGCUGUCCUGCUGGUGCCAUGUCAUUCUGCAGCUUCUUCGGGGGCGAGGUUUUCCAGAACCAUUUUGAGCCAGGUGUCUAUGUGUGCGCCAAGUGUGGCUAUGAGCUUUUCUCCAGCCGCUCAAAGUACGCACACUCAUCCCCGUGGCCCGCCUUCACUGAGACCAUUCAUGCUGAUAGUGUGGCCAAGCGUCUGGAGCGCAACUCACCUGAAGCCUUAAAGGUGUCCUGCGGCAAAUGUGGGAACGGGCUGGGCCAUGAGUUCCUGAAUGAUGGCCCCAAGCCGGGGCAGUCCCGCUUCUGAAUAUUUAGCAGUUCGCUGAAGUUCAUCCCGAAAGGCAAAGGAACUUCUGGCUCUCAGGAGCUCUAGGUGGGCAGCGCAUACCCAUUCCAGCUGGACACUGCCCUGGUCACACUCUGGCCAUCGCACCUUGGAAUUGGAACCCCAGACAUUCAGACGGGCUGGGGGUGGGCUGGCUGAAGCAUCAGGAGGUCUUGGCUCUGCGCAGGUUGUCUUGGGGAAGAGCACUGUUUGCCAUGAUGCCCGUAGCCUGCUGCCAGGAUGAGCCUGGAGGGCCAGCUGUGGCCUCACCUUAGCCUCCUGCUCAUAUGGGAGUCUCAGGGAAGUAGGCUGUAAGCCUUGCUUGCCCUUGAAUGAUGGCACACCCCACCUUCUCUUCUCCUCAGCCCACUGCCCUCUCCCUGCCUGUCUGGACUCACCCCUGUGGGACCCGAUUCUGAGAUGGGCUCUGGCCCUCGCCAAAGCUUGUGCCCAUCUCCCCCAGGCUAUACGGGGAGACAGAAUGCAAAGGGAGGCAGCCCUCACCAGCUGCCCCAGCUUCGGUCACUACAUGAAGCACUCUGAUGAAACCCUUCCAGGCAGCCAGAGUGGUGAAGAUCUGUGACC